UUCCGGGUUUGAUGAUUCUAGGGCUCCUCCCACCGGUAGAGCGCCUUCUCGGGGUGGCGAUUCCUUGCGCCGGCGCUGCCGCCGGAUUCAAUGCGGCAUUGCUAGCAUGGCAGUGUGCAGGGAAGGCAUUCCGGGUUUCUUGCGCUACCCCUGUUGCCGGAUCGCUGCUGGGAGGCGUGGCGGUGGCAUCGGCCUCGGUUCUCGCAGCUCAGGUAGCGUUUGCGCUGGAAUCUAUUGUAGAAGAGGGCAAUGGCAAGAGCCGGAAGAGGAAAUUGCCGAGUGUUGGCGAUCUAGUUCUUCAUGCGGCAGUGGGCAUGGUUUUGUUUAAGAUACUUGGCGGGCACUACAGGAAUGUGAUGCCAAGUAGCUUAAGCCAUCCUGGAGCACUCUCACGAUACUCAGUGCCUGCUAGAGGAUCAAGGUACGCAGGCGAUGUAGAAGCACAGCUCGUAAGAGACUUGUUUAGCAAGUAUGGUUGUCAUCACUGUGGAAGCUACAAAGGGACCAGCAUAGCAGAUCAUAUGCCACCCAACGUCGUGAUGAAGAACAAGGUCGCCGAGAAACUGAGAAUACUGAAAAAAUUCAACUUUUCACUUGCCAAGCAUGUAUUCAACAUGGUCCAUAAGCUCGAGUUGCAACGGUUCUACCCGCAGUGCGAAGCGUGUAUGAGAAAGCAGGGUGGAGCUUUAAGGCAAGGCAAAAACGAGCUCGUCUACCAUUUUAGAGUUGGCUUCCCAGAGCCUCCAUAUCUCACAGGUUUUUUUCUCAGUGCUCUCAAGCUAGAGGACAAUAACCAGGGUACAGACAAAAAAUGAAUCACACCUUGACGAACUGGUGCCAGAUUUCAUAGUGAUUGAACAAGAGACUAUCGUGUGUCUGCUUGCCAACGUACUCCAGCUUCAGCUCUCGCAGCUUUUUGUUACACUCGUC